CUAUGAGGAAGAGCAUAGGCAGAGUCUUAUGGAAAAGUCCACAGUGAAAUAGCUGGCCGACUGAACCAGGCCAUGUGAGAAGAGGGGUCGGGGGAGAGCCAGAAGUCAAAACCAAAAGCAGCUGAGAGACAACAGGGAAGCCCAGCCCAGUCACUGGGCUGGAGAAUUUAAGCUAGGGGGUGAGGUAUGCAAGUCAAGAUGACUCUGUCACAGAAUCUAAGAAAGGCCAGAGAACCUGGCAGCCAUUAUCUGCAAUAGUUACAAGCUAGCCUGUGGGACUUCAGACCCUGUCUUUUGCUCUAGACAGUGGAGAGUUUGGCUACACCACCAACCAAAAAUCCAACUGGGAUACAUCCAUGGGUAGGGGAGGCCUAGAGUAAAACCAUAAAGAGUGGUGUGGCCCAUGGUGGAUGAAAGAACAUGAGCCCCAUCUAAAGGGGACAGUGUGCUGUGGAGAAGUAGACCAACCAGUAUUUCCAAAUCUUUGAUUGAUUGAUUAUGUAGCCCAGGCUGGCCUCAAACUCAAUCCUCCUGCCUCAGCUUCUGAGUGCUGAGAUCACAGGCAUGUGCCACCCAGGCCCCCAAAUCUUAGAUAAGCUAAAAAUCUGGGCUGAGGAUAUAGCUAAUUGAUUUGGCACUUGUCUAGUAUGUAAGGCCCUAGGUUCAAAUCCCAGUAUUGGUUGGGUGAGGAUGUGAUAAGAGGGGACUAAAAGUCUCAAAUUUUAUGUGAAUUCUUUUAAUCUGAAAUGUUCACAGAAGUGCAUUUUGUAAAUGUUUACACAAAUUUCAAGUCAAAAAGAAAUGUUCUUAAAGUAUGGCUGCUUAAUAAAUGCUGAUGGGGGUGGUGGUGUGGGUGACCAUAGGAAUUUGGUAGAGAUUAAGGGACAGAAGGCUGGAGACCCAGCUUAGGUAAGGGUCUGCCCCUAACACCAACACCGCGGGGGUUGGGGGGACGGGGACAUUAGCCCUUUUGAAACCCUCUAGUCCCCUCUGGCCUUGGUCCUGGCCCAGCAGGCACCAGGCUAACCAGAGCUAGGACCUCUUCAAUGUAACCAGUUUGGCAACACAAACUGACACUAUACAACAGACAUUAGCCCAGCACUCUAGAGACAAAAGCAAGUCAGGGACAGCCUGAUCUACACAGUUUCUGACCAUACAUAGUAAAAUCCUGUCUUUAUGAAAAACAAAAAACAAACACCAACAACAAAAAUAGACGAAGUAGAGCACUGAUGCUUUGGGGCCAAAGAGACCUCCCUGAGAAGGUAUUGAAAUGACAAAGGAGGGGAGUGCAAAGGGUGAGAGUGGAGCCCGCCCAGUGGUUUUGAGGAACCGGAAGAAGACAGUGGAAGAGGAUUGCAUGGAGGCAGUUAGACAGGAAGGCAGGCUUGGAAUUGAGUUCUGAGUGUCACCACCAGCCAGGUGGAGUCAAGCAAGGGGUACUUAACCUAUUCACGUUGGAGCUAUGUGAUGAGAACGUGGGGUCAGCUAGACUCAUUUCCUCCCGUGUGUUUUUGCCAUUUUCCACUAGGAAAUUUUUAUAAAGUUCUGUUGGUCUUUAAUAAAAGGCGUGUCACCAUCGCCGAAAAUAGAUAGCCAUCAUGAUAACAGGGGCAUCUGAGGGCCCACAGUCCCACCAUCCCGUCGCACGUGCUUCAGUGGUGGACCGUCCCCCGAACCCGCGCCGACUCAGCCUUCAGCACGGCGGCCAGAGAAGUUGGGGACGGGACUCCAACCAGAGAUUAGUCCCUCAGCCACACGCAGAAAACGAGCUGACCCUCUUGCCAUCCAGCGGUUCAACUCCACCCGCGCACAUUUCUGGGGAACUUGGGCUCACUCCGGCUCCGCCCCCGCCUGCGUGCUAGGGCUCCGAUUGGCCAAGUGACCCUCGGAAGGGCAUAGCCAGGGAGUUGGAACCAGGAGACGUGGGCGGCGCGAGGACUGGCGGGUGGGAGCGGUGACCGUACGCAGACCGGCUGUGCGGGGUACGCGGGUCUCCGCGGGAGCCUAGCUACUGAGAAGAUGGUGGACCAUUUGGCAAACACAGAGAUCAACAGCCAGCGGAUCGCAGCAGUGGAGAGCUGUUUUGGGGCAUCAGGGCAGCCGCUGGCCCUGCCUGGCCGUGUGCUCCUGGGCGAGGGCGUGCUGACCAAGGAGUGCCGAAAGAAGGCCAAGCCACGCAUCUUCUUCCUCUUCAACGACAUCCUGGUGUAUGGCAGUAUUGUGCUUAGCAAGCGCAAGUACCGCAGCCAGCAUAUUAUUCCCCUGGAAGAGGUAACAUUGGAGCCACUGCCAGAGACCCUGCAGGCCAAGAACCGCUGGAUGAUCAAGACAGCCAAGAAGUCCUUUGUGGUGUCCGCAGCCUCUUCCACGGAGCGCCAGGAAUGGAUUAGCCACAUUGAAGAGUGUGUGCGGAGGCAGCUGCUGGCCACAGGCCGCCAGCCCACCACUGAGCAUGCAGCACCCUGGAUCCCUGACAAGGCCACAGACAUCUGCAUGCGUUGCACACAGACACGCUUCUCGGCACUUACCCGGCGUCACCACUGCCGAAAAUGCGGGUUUGUGGUCUGUGCUGAGUGUUCCAAGGAGCGUUUUCUGCUGCCACGUCUCUCCCCCAAACCCCUUCGUGUCUGCAGCCUCUGCUACCGUGAGCUGGCAGCCCAAAAGCGAAGGGAGGAGGCCAAGGAGAGGUACAGGGACUCUCCAGGGCAGCCAACCCACCUAGGCGGUGCUGUCUGUGGUGCAUCCAGUGGUGAUGAUGAUGACUCCGAUGAGGACAGAGAAGGCAGUGGAGAUGGUGACUGGCCCAGCCAGGUGGAAUUCUAUGCUUCUGGUGUCUCCUGGUCAGCCUUCCACAGUUGACCCUCACCUUCAGAGUGUCUGCAUCAAGCCAGUCCACUGCCCACGGCCCCAAGAGUGCAGGUCCUGAACUGUCUGAUUUUGCUGGGACCCAAGCCCAUGGUAGUGCGCAUAUGACAGGUAGCUGUUCCGGAGCCAUUACUAGUGCCUUUCUGCUAGACAGCAGCAUCCUAGGCCUUCUUCUACUUCUGGUCAGAUAAUUGCCUUUCUAUUUCACAAGGCCCAGAACCUUGGUGGCCUUGGUGACCAGGCUACUACAGCCCUUGGGGUUAGACCAGGCCAGGUGUCCCAAGCAUUAAAAGACCAGGGUGGAAGAGGGCAAAGGGAAGACCAGACCAGAGUGGAGGUCCACUCCACUCUGAAGCUUGAGCUUCAGACCCCAUUCCCACCUCCACCCCUUAACAGGCACAGACCAUGCCAGCACAGAAGGCCUGCACACCCACCAUCAUGCAGAUAUCACCACCUGACCACUGACGGAGUCCUUGCCAAGCUAGACCCCAGAUGCACUGUUUGUGCCUUUGGGGCCCAGGUGAGCUGCAGCCUGUGCUCCCCCAGCCCAGAGCAGCCCAUCAAGGUCUCUGCCCUGUCACCACUCUCCAAAUGUCUGGUACCUGUCCUGUCCCCAUCUCUAUCUGCAGUCAGUAGAAGCAAUGUUUCCCCUUAGGACUCUGGAUUUCAAGGACAGAAACCCUAUCCAGACUGACUUACCAAUAAAAAAACAACAACAACAAAAUACAACUCUUGAUUGCUAAGUCUAAGAGUACCCUAGCUUAAGACACUACUCAAUCAGUGGUAGAAACCAUGGUUAGGGACAGCCACCCCUGAUACUGCCACACUGGGCAUUCCUGGAAAUGCCUCCCACCCAGUGAGACAUUCAUGCCACACUGUGGCUGGCUCCCCAAGAACAAAGCCCCAUUCUGCUGCUUUGAUAGCCAGCCGGCCUGCCUGCCUGCCUGCCUGCCUGCCUGCCUUCUUUCCUUUUUCUUUGAGACAGGGACUUGUUACAAAGGGCUGAUACAAACUUGAGAUCCUCUGGCCUCAGCCUCCCCAGUGCUGAGAUUACAGGCAUAUAUCACUAUACCCAGCUUAUUGGUGUGGGCUGUCUAAAUGGGUGGUAAAGGAAAAUAGGUGUUUGUCUGGCUCAGCCUGAUCCUUCUGGGGUAAAAAGACUCCUGUGUAGUCUCUGCUCAGCCCCUGCAGAUGGUGUCUAUGAUUUGGGGAGCAAGCCGCUAGCUUUGCGUGUAGACUAGAACAUUUCAGGGCCUUUCAGAAGCCUUCCUUAAAGCUGUUCAUGGCAGUCCAUGCCUGUAAUUCCAAGAUUGUGAGUCUGAAGCCAGCCCUAGCUACAUAAAAACCCUGUCUUGGGAAACCAUGCUUUCUGCAGGUAUUUAUCAGUCUUUGCCCAGUACCUGGCUGUCCUUGAAUGGAGUCCCUGUGUAUAGAGUGGGGUCACUGUCAGGUGCAUGUGGGACUUUGGUGCUAAGAAAACUUCCCUCCGACUCUAGUAUAGUGAACCCCUAUUAUCAGGGAUCUCCAUCCCCCCAAUAUAAUGUUGUCUUCCAUGUCUAUGUUCUGGUUCUAUAGGUUGUGUCCAGAUCCCAAAGUCUACAGUUGACAGACAUGUGGUCGGUCAUCCUCUAAAGAGUGCUGGAGGGGUAGAAUAUGGAGCACCCAGGAGCUGCCUGUGACCCUUCCUGUCCUGGCAGUGACACGCUGGGGAGGAUUGGGGAAGUGUUUGUUUGCAGCCCCUUUCACGUUGUGGCCUCUGUCAGCACACAGACUGGUUCAGGCUGCUUCUCCUGUUUGGGCCCAGGACCAGGCAGGUUCCUAGGUGAGGCGCGGCUUCCUAAACCUAGAUCUAGUGUCUUUUCAGCAAUCCAGACCAGAUAGCCCCAUCCCUUCCACCCAUGGCUGGUGACUUACAAACCUCACUCCCUUGGAACCUUCCUUUCCUAGAAACCUUCAGGGUAUAAAAGGCAGCAGCAGUUCCUGUGGACAGAAGGAACUGCCUGAGGCUGAGCCUGGGUCUAGCCGCUGUCCUUAUCGCCUGACAAAAUGAGCAUGGUGCAGGAAUCUGGGUGGUUGGGGCAGGCUGUGGAGGGCCAUGUGGCACUGGUAAGUAGAGACAGGAGCUGACUCAUCCCUCAGCCCAGGGCUCAGACCUAGGACAAGAAUGUUACUUCCCUAAGCCCCAAGAUGUCAGAGACCACAAGGGCCCAAGGUUGUCAACAACCUUGGGAAGGUGUUCAUUUAUUCAAAGCUACUGAGACUUGCUGUGUUCCCUGCCAGACACCGCUGUGAAUAAGAUGGACUUGGCUCUCAGUUUUGAGAGGGGAGACUACAUUCUAGCAGGUGGGCUGAGGCUGGUGCAUAGAGGCACACCCCGAGUGAAGAGAGUGAGCCGUGCCAGUGGAGAAACAACCCUCCAGGUAUUGGCAAUGACUUGUGUCAAGGCCCUGAAGAGGAAGGGGUCCAUGUGUCCUGGAGAAACAUGAUGGGGUCAAGGCCAAAUGACAAUAGACCCCCCCAGGACCACAGAGGCUUCUACAAGCAACAAUCUGUUCUCUGCUCUGAUGACUUUGUUCUGACUUGUCAGCAGAUGGUUGGAGAGUGGGGAGGUAGGCAGGCAUGGGGACUGUGUGCACAGAAGCUAGCUUGGGAUUUCCAAGGGGGAAUCUAAGAAAAGUCCAUCCUCUGCUCUUUCUGCCUAUGGUGGUAGGCAGGAAGCUUCCAUGGUCUUCCUUCUGUCCCUGACUCUUUUCUACUGAGAUACUGAGGGAACUCCCAGGAGCCAAAUGACUGUGGGACUCUUGUGCGAGACCAAGUGAUACCCAGUAUCCCCCGACUGCUGAAGCUUUCGUUACAGGGGAACAGACUGCAGGAAUGAAAGCCUUGAAAUAAGAUGUGUAAGAAACUAAAGUGGGGGCUGGAGAGAUGGCUCAGAGGUUAAGAGCACUGGCUGUUCUUCCAGAGGUCCUGAGUUCAAUUCCCAGCAACCACAUGGUGGCUGAAAACCAUCUAUAAUGAGAUCUGGUUUCCUCCUUGGGCCUGCAGGGACACAUGCAGGCAGAACACUGUAUCCAUAAUAAAUAAAUACAUCUUUAAAAAAGAAAAGAAAAGAAAAUGGUGAGGACGUUUGGAAGAGAAAACCUGUGCCCUAAUGUAAUAGUGCAGUCACUACAGAAGGCGUUGUGCAGGCCCCCAGCAAACAAAACAGAACUGGGAAUGACCCAGUUCAAUCUGGGUAGUCAGCAUACACUUGGGUACCACUUGGGUACCUAGCAGUAUUCACAACCGUCAAUAUGGCACUAACCUAGGUGUCUAUCAGCUCAUGAACAGAUAAAGAAAAUGUAACAUACACUGGAGAUUUAUUCAGACACCAAGGAGAAGGAAAUUGUGUCAUUUGUAGAGAAAUAGAUGGAACCAGAGAUGGCCAUGUUAAACCAAACAAGCUAGACUCAAAAGAUCACAUGCUUUCUCUCAUAGGCAGAGUCUAAUUUUUUUAAAAAGAUGUGAAAGUAUAAGGGUACGAUUUAAGAAGAGGGAGGGGACCAGUGAGGGAGCAAGAGAGAGAAAUGGGGUGAAUAUGAUCAAAGUGUUUGAUAAAUAUGUGUAAAUGUAAUAAAAAAAAGUCUAGCAUGUGGCCAUAGAAUGGAGCCUGAGAAGGGAAGGAACUGUGUGGGAGAUUGUCCUCAGUCCCUUGCUGAGGCAGCAUGGUCAGCCAGGCUGGGAUCAAGGCUUUGCAGGCAUGUUAUUUAGGCUGUUCUCAAAGAGGGGCCUGCCUGAGGAGCAGGUACAGCCCCCUCUGUUGCCCAGCCACACAGGUAUACACCACUCUCAGUUGGGGCUUUCCAGCCAAGGUGCUGAGGGCUAAGUCAAGGCUAUACUGCUGACUUUUGGGCCACCACCCCACCCAGGGGCUCAGGAGUUCUUAGGAUAGACUUCAGUACCUCAGCUCUUUGUCUUGUUUACCCAGUACUGAACUGAAGGCCAACAGGAUCUGAGAGCUAUGUCUGAUGGGUUGGGGCCAGUCUUGUUAACUGAACUGAAGGCCAACAGGAUCUGAGAGCUGUGUCUGAUGGGUUGGGGCCAGGCUUCACACUCUUGCCCAUGGCUCUGUUCACAAGGCCUGGCAAAGACUCAGGAACCCACUGUCCUGCCAGCAAAGUCUUCCUGAAAUGUCCUCCCGGCUGUGUGAAUACUGUCCCUGCCAGGAGCAUGUGAUUCUCUAGCAGCAUUGGGUUCUUGGGAGGGGGUCUGCCUUGCCCCACCUGGAAAUGAAGAGAGACAAAGGAGCUCUAAGGCCAGGACCCUGCGUUGACAGCAUGGGAACUUGCACCUCAACAUUGCCUGAACCAGCUGUGCAGAGUCCAGCCUGAUGGAGUGUUGGGGUAAGAGGUAAGGUUGCAGCUGUGACCCAGUGUAUCAGGGGCAGAUGACAGACUGCUCUUGCAGUUCAGUGGGGUCCAAUUUUCACACAGGAUUCAGAUACCAGGAGAGGCCGUGCAAGGGCCAUCGUUAGGGAUCCUAGCCUGUGCAUUUGUCCAUGGGACUUCCAAGUGCCACAUUUUCUCAAAGGAGAGAGCCACUUAUAUAUCACUAGUGAUAUCCAAGUGUGGUCUGCCAAGGUGAGGAGGAAGGCAGGGGAUUCUAGGACCCCAAGAAUGGUGUCCCUGUGUUGAUGAGGGUAAAUGCUGGUGUCUACUUACUAAGGUCUGUCUGUAUUUGAUGCAGAGACAAAGGCAGGUCACACAAAGCCUUCUUGAGGCUCAAAGAGGAUGGCCUUAGAAGACCUUCCUAGAAAAGGUGGUGUUUGUUGGCACCUCAAAAUGAGGUGCCUCAGCAGGCUUUAUCUUGGUAUCUGUGAGGACUAGAAUACUGGUUCUUACUUGUUUUGUUAAAAUUUCUUUUUUUUUUAAUUUUUAAUAAAAAAAAAAAGUGGUCAGUCAUAGUGGCACAUAACUUUAAUCCCAGCACUUGGGAAGCAGAAGCAGGUGAAUCUCUGAGUUCAAGGCCAGCCUGGUCUAUAGAGCAAGUUCCAAGACAGCCAGGGUUACUCAGAGAAACCCUGUGUACUGAGUGGUUUUGUGUGUCAACUUGACACACACUAGAGUCAUCAGAGAGGAAGGAGCCUCAGUUGAAGAAAUGCCUCCUUGGGAUCCAGCUGUAAGGCAUUUUCUCAUUUAGUGAUUGAUGGGGGAGGGCCCAGCCCAUGGUGGGUGGUGCUAUCCCUGAGCUGCUGGUCCUGGGUUCUCUAAGAAAGUGGGCUGAGCAAGCCAUGGGAAGCAAGCCAGUAAGCAGCACCCUUCCAUGGCCUCUGCAUCACUGCAUCAGCUCCUGUCUCUGUCCUGACUUCCUUUAGUGAUGAACAGCAAAGUGGAAGUGUAAGAGAAAUUAAGCCUUUCCUCCCCCAACUUGCCUUUUGGCCAAGGUGUUUCAUUGCAGCAAUAGACACCCUGUCUCAAAAAAUAAACAAAAAGUAUAUUACAUUUGCUUGUGUAGGUGUGGGAGGCAUGUACCAUGUGGAGGUCGGAGGACAACUUGUAAGAGUCAGUUUUCUCUCUCUGCUAUGUAGAUACCAGCAGACUUUCAUAAGGCUUCUAUAGACCAUGAUUUUCCAUAUGACACCAAAAGCAAAAAUAGACAGGAGGGCCAUAGUCAACUGAAAAGAGUGGACAGACAGGCAGCAAAAAGAAAAACAAACGGACAGGAUCUCACUUUCACUUUGGCUGACUUGAAAUUUGCUAUGUAGACCAGGCUGGCAUUGAUCUCACAGAGACCCACCUGCCUUUGCCCCCUGAGUCAUAGGGUGGUGUUACCUGUAAUCCUUGGGAAGCUGAGGCAACAGUUCAUGAGUUAAAGGCCAGUCUGGGCUUCAUAGUGAGAUCCUACCUCAGAUAAACAAACCAAACAACAAAAGAAAAUUCAAGCUAGUUGUAAAAUUGGGCAAAUAGACACUUUUCAAAAGAAGAAAUGAAAUAUAUGUUAUUUACAUAUUUUCCAUAUAUAUAUAUAUAUAUAUUAAUACCAAGCAUUUAUAUAUAAUUCUAUAUUGUAAUAUAUAUAACUAAUAUAUAUUAAUGCUUAGUAUGAUUAGCCAUCAGGGAAAUAUAAAUCAAAACUUCAUUGACCUGUCAUUUCACCCCAGUUAGAAUGUUUACUAUUUAAAAAAUAAAAGUCCCUGCUGUAAGGCUGUGGGUCAAAGGAGCCACACACACUGUUGGCAGGGCAAGUGAACUAGGUCAGCCAUUCUAUAACAGUGUGAGGGGGUCCUCAGCUGAAUGGGAGAUCUGACACUUGAGCCAACUCUCUCACCUCAGGGUCUCAUCAAAGAAAAUGACACCAGCAUACCAGAAAAUGUGCCCACAUACCAUGGAUGGGCUUGACAGCAAAGUCACAAUAGCUAAUUCACACAUGGGGUCCCAGAAGCAGGGCAAGUUCUUCCUGACACCCACUGUGAGUUGGCCCCACAGGCUGGGGCAGAAGUGCCCACCAUACCAGACAGAAGUUUCUGGAGAGAUUGCAUCUGUUCCACUGAGAGCUUGCUUGGAGCUGUUAUCUAAGUGGAUGCCUGACUGCCUCUCUGCCUCUCCCUUGCCUCUCUGUCUUUCCUUUAAACACCACUGUAAAAUGGCUGCUGGGGGAAUUCAGAUCACCCACUGGGACUGGGACCCUGUAAGAGCAACUCAAAGGCUGACCCAAUUCUCAGUCAGAAUCUGACGUCUCGGGACAGGUACAAAACAAGAGUAGCCACUUCCUCUUGGCCUGCUUGUUACUGAGGCCUCCAGGAUGUGACCUACCCAGACAGGGUCUGUGGGGAGGGGCAUGGCUAUCUCUGGGUGUGGAACUUUUCACAUGGUAGAUUAUCAGGUUCUGACCACCCCCAAGCUUAAGCCUCAGCCCUUGCCACUGUCUGCAGAGGUCCUGACUUGUGAAAGCCCACAUCCUCCUUGUAUAUGCUCUGUCUCCAAGCAGGCUUGCUAGGAACUGUGCUCAGAGGGCAAAAGAAGGGCCUAGGGCAGUGAAGAGGGGUCUGCCUAGCCAACCCUGCCAGUCAGCCUCAGCUUCCCAGGGCUGCUUUCUGACUGCCCACCACUCCCCUGUUCUGCCCAGGAUGUUUAGCCUUCUAGCACAGAUACCACCUGAGGUUUCUCUGCAGCCUUCCUGGAUGAUGGGCUUGCCUAUCUCUGUUCCCCUACUCUAGCUUCCUCACCUUCCUACAAACUAUCCCAUUUGGUACCCUGUGAAGUACUGGGCAAUUUAAUUGCAGAUGAUUCCUUUGAAGGUGACAUCAGUACCUCCCCUAGCUUCUGGGGCAUUGUGGGAAAAUGUGGUGGUAUGAAUGAGAAUGGUCCCCAUAGGCUCAAGUAUUUGAUUUUUUUUGUUUUGUUUUUCAACACAGGUCUUCUCUGUGUAGCCCUGGCUGUCCUGGAACUCACUCUGUAGACCAGGCUAGCUUUAAACUCAAGAGAUCCUCCUACCUCUGCCUCUGGAGUGUUGGGAUUAAAGAUGUGCACCACCAUCAUUCAAUGGCUCAUAUAUUUGAAUGCUUAGUCAACGGGGAGUGAAACUUAGAGGGGGUGUGUCACUGAGGUUUCAAAAGCCCAUACAACCAGACUGACUCUCUCUCUCUCUCUCUCUCUCUCUCUCUCCCCCCCCCCCCGACAGCAUACUCUGAAACUGUAAGCAAGCCCCCAAUUAAAUGUUUUUCUCUUCUAAGUUGCCUUUGUCAUGAUGUCUCCUCCCAGCAAUCGAACAGUGACUAAGACACUGUCAAAGGCUGUGCACUGUGAGCUGACUCCAUCAGCUUUGCCUACCUACUUGUCCUGCACUGGGCAUCCAUCCAGACACUCCUGGGUCUCCCAGCUCUGCCCUUGUUUCUACUUCUUCUCUCACCCUUCCAGCAAUACCCUAUCUGUGGAUGCCCUGGGUCCAGGACCCUGUCACACACCAGUACACAGGGAAAUUUGCACAGGAAUGGGGUCUGUACAUUGAAACACCCAAGAAGCUUCCUUUGGGCAGAGUGGAAGCCCUACCAGCAAGAACACAGGGGUGAACAUGGGCCAGGCUGUGUAGGUGGAGUCCAUAUCCUAAAGGAGAGGAACUCUAUACACACACUCUCCAUAUAAGCCCCCACCCCCACCCCAACACACACACAACCUCUCUAGGGAGCUCUUGCCCAGGAAAAAGAAUGAAAAUCCCAGUGACCUCCAGACCUCUUCUCACCCUUCUUCAUCUUUAGGGUUAGGAAACCAAGGCCUAGGGAGCAGACACUCAACCCCCACCUGACACUUAGGAUCAAGACAGGGUAAGCCAGACCAGGGCUGUCUUCUGUCUUCCCAAGCCCCUCCUUUCCCCUGCUAUCUCCCACUUCAGCCUCCCAGGCCAACAGAGAGACAGCAUGGGGUGGGGGUGCAAGACAGUUCUGGGGAAAAACAAGGGGAAAUUUCAAUCAUUGGAGCUUCAUGGGGAUUCUGGAAGAUUCUAAUUCCAAAAAUGAGGCCUUCCAGAAUGCCCUUCUGGCACAAAGUGGCUCCCAAGCUGGCAGGAGUGAACCUGGCAUCUGAACCAGUUGUCCACUACGCAGGAGUCCUCCCAGGGUGACAUUCCCUCUGCAUAGCCACACUCACCAUAGCUCCUAGCUAUCCACUGUAAUACCUGGCUAUGGAAAUUUCCAAAGCUUGCAAAUCACCAAAAUCCUGAACACACCCAAAUGGCUUCUUCUGGGUUCCAAAUAGCAACAAAGCCUUCUGGGAGGCCCCAUU